UAUCAAAGAAACGGGAAGCAAAACGGAGCGGUUCUGAAAGGAAAUGGUGGGUUAGACCGAUUUACCUAAAUCGACAAGACCAAGGGGCGCAACAAAAUCUGAUAAACGAAAUGCGACUGCAGGAUACUGAGUCAUUUUUUAAUUUCUUCCGGAUGACUCCGCAAAAAUUUGAUGAAUUGUUAUCAGUUGUUGGUCCACGAAUUACAAUGAAGGCCACUUCAUUCAGGAAUCCCAUCUCUGCACAAGAAAGAUUAGCUAUUACCAUAAGAUUCUUGGCGAGUGGUGAUUCCAUGACCAAUAUCUCUUACCUGUUUCGUGUUGGGAAACCAACAGUUUCAAAAAUCGUUAGACAGGUGUGUGAUGCUAUAUGGGUUAACUUGUCUCCAGUGGUAUUAAAACCACCUACAACAGAAAAGUGGAGGAAAAUAGCUACUAUUAUAAACAAUGAGUGGGAAUUUCCAAACUGCAUUGGAGCUGUUGAUGGGAAACAUAUAGUAAUGCAGGCUCCUAAUUCUUCGGGGUCUGCGUUCUUUAACUAUAAAGGUUCCUUCAGCAUUGUUCUGCUUGCUGCAUGCGAUGGAAAAUACUGUUUUACUAUUGUCGACAUUGGCGGUUCUGGUAGGCAGAGUGAUGGUGGGAUUUUUCAUUCCUCAACUUUUGGUCAGGCUCUUAAGGAAUCACUGAACAUACCAAAGCCGGAAGCAGUAUGCCCUGGCAAAUAUUUGCCUUAUGUUUUUGUGGCUGAUGAGGCAUUUCCUUUGAAGAAAAAUUUAAUGCGACCAUUUCCUGGUCGCAACCUUGAUACACCCAAAAAAAUUUAUAAUUAUAGACUGUCUCGCUGCAGAAGAUUAAUUGAAAAUACGUUUGGAAUUUUUGCUUCACGUUUCCGGAUUUUCCGAAAACCAAUCAUUGGUAAAACAGAAACUGUGGAAAGUAUUGCAAAGGCUGCAGUUUGUCUUCACAAUUAUUUGAAAAUAUGUGAUGACAUGUUGCCAAUUGCAAAAAGAAAAUAUUGUCCAUUUGGUUUUGCUGAUUUUGAAGAUCAUGAAGGGACUUUUCAUGAUGGACAAUGGAGAUCAUAUGGUACAGGUAACAUGUAUGCCAAAGAACCAUUUGACAGAUGGCGCAAAAACCAAAGAUGA